AUUUUGUAGUGGAAAAGAUUGUACAAUUGACUUUAAAUGGGAUUUCACAAACUCAAAAUGCAUCGAGUGUCCCCGUGGAUCGUUUGGACGUCAAUGUGCCUACAGUUGUAGCUAUCCAAGUUAUGGGCGUCGUUGUUUGGAUGGUGUCUGCAACUGUUCAGUCAUGGAAUGUGACCCUGCAAACGGCUGUAAAGAUGGAAUCAUCGUGUCAUCGAACAUAGAUAACUAUCGAGAUUCUCGAACAAAUCCAACUCAACCAAUGGUAAUUGAACAACUAGACGACACAGGCAACGGGAGGCAAUUUCCGGGAAAAGAUGUUUCAUGGAAAAGCGUUACGGAAACUGUGAAAUACCAUAACAGAUCAACUAUCAUUAUUCGAAAGCAAGGUGAUUACACAGGAACUGUUUUGAUUACUGUUGGUGGGACUUCUAUUUCUAUGCUGUUACUUGUUGCCAUUGGCUUUCAACUUUGUGGAAGAAAGUUCUAUGGUAAACAAAAAAACCUCUCUACGUUUCAUACAGGUGACGUAGAAAAUGAAAAUGUUUACUCAGAAGCAUAAAAUUUAAACCAUUGAGCAGAC